AUGGGUAAAUCACUUGGAGCUCUAAUCUUUACUGGGUUCCUCCUCUUCCUUUCCUUCUUCACCUCACCGUCCCAAGCCCAAACCUGCAACGGCUUGGCCUUACCAAGCAACCAAGUCUACUCAACCUGCGUAGAUCUACCAGUUCUCACCUCGUAUCUCCACUGGACAUUCCACCAAGAAAACUCCACCGCCGAUAUAGCCUUCAGAAAGACUGGAACUUCACCCACCAACUGGGUCUGUUGGGCUCUUAACCCUAGCGGAGGCCAAAUGGUUGGCUCCCAAGCUUUGGUCGCUUUCCAGCAGCCCAACGGCUCCAUGACUGCUUACACCACAUCGAUCGACUCCUUGGGCCCUUCCAUGAGGCCAGGGACCUUGAGCUUUAGAGUUUCCAACCUCAGAGCUCAGCAUAGUAAUGGGGAGACUUUGAUCUUUGCUACUUUGCAUCUGGAUGCCAAUUUGUUGUCGACCAAUCAGGUUUGGCAAGAGGGCCCCUUGACCAGUGGGGCUCCGUCCAUGCAUUCCACUACUGGGGAUAAUGUUAGGUCGAUUGGGACCAUUAAUUUCCAGACUGGUGCUGCCACUGCUGGUGGUGGUGCCAGUAACUCAAGACUCCGCAAGAGGAAUAUUCAUGGAGUUCUGAAUGCAGUGAGUUGGGGAAUUCUGAUGCCUUGUGGAGCCAUGAUAGCAAGGUACGUGAAGGUGUUCCACGUAGCAAACCCAGCAUGGUUCUACCUCCAUGUUGCCUGCCAAUUGUCUGCCUACAUCAUUGGUGUUGCUGGCUGGGGGACGGGUCUCAAACUCGGCAGUGACAGUGUUGGAAUUCAGUACAACAAGCACAGGAACAUUGGCAUCACCCUAUUCUGCUUUGGCACCCUUCAGAUGUUUGCCAUGCUGCUGAGGCCAAAGCCAGACCACAAGUACAGAGUGUACUGGAACUUCUACCAUUACGCGAUCGGGUAUGCGACCAUCGCCCUCAGCAUCACCAACAUCUAUGAGGGAUUCGACAUCCUAAACCCGGAGAAGAAGUGGAAGAGCGCGUACACUGGCGUCAUCAUCUCCUUGGGGGUCACUGCUCUGGUGUGGGAAGCUGUGACAUGGCUCAUUGUCAUCAAGAAGAAGCGGGCUGUUGGGUCUGCUGAUAAGUAUGCCAAUGGUGCGAAUGGAGGAAAUGGAUAUGGUGACAGGACACAGCAGCAUGCCUAA